AUGGCGACUCUCUACUUCGUUAUCUUCUCUCUGUUUUUCACUUCUCCGUUUGUUUCCUCCUAUCGAACGCUAACACCACAGCCCUUCAAAACGACAGUCCUUGAAGUCGCUGCCUCCAUUCAAAAUACCAAAAAUAUUUUCUUUACUGACCCUAAAAUGUCACCGUUUAACCAACAAGAGAAAGAAACUACCUCGUCAGAACGAAUUACGGUAGAGCUGCAUUCUAGAAUUUCCAUUCAAAAAACUACACACACUGACUACAAAUCACUAACCUUAUCUCGCCUUGAGCGCGACUCAGCCCGUGUCAAAUCUCUCUCGACUCGUUUAGAUCUAGCCAUCAAUUCCAUUUCCUCGUCAGAUCUUAAACCACUUGAGACUGAUUCAGACUUCAAAUCUGAGGAUCUACAGAGCCCGAUUAUAUCAGGUACGAGUCAAGGAAGUGGUGAGUACUUCUCCCGAGUUGGAAUAGGAAAACCACCGAGUCAAGCUUAUUUAAUACUCGACACCGGUAGUGACGUUAACUGGGUACAAUGCGCACCCUGCGCUGAUUGUUAUCAGCAAGCCGACCCCAUCUUUGAGCCGGCUUCCUCGGCUUCCUUCUCUCCUCUUACUUGCAACGCCAAACAAUGCAGGUCCCUCGACGUGUCAGAAUGCCGGAAUGACACGUGUCUCUACGAGGUUUCUUACGGGGACGGGUCUUAUACAGUUGGUGAUUUUGUUACCGAGACCAUCACUCUCGGCUCGGCUUCAGUUGAUCAUGUGGCUAUCGGCUGUGGACAUAACAAUGAAGGCUUGUUUGUCGGAGCCGCUGGGUUGCUUGGACUUGGCGGCGGCUCAUUGUCUUUCCCUUCUCAGAUCAAUGCAACGUCAUUUUCUUAUUGCCUCGUGGAUCGUGAUUCUGAGUCUGCUUCAACUCUCGAGUUCAACUCAACUCUCCCUCCUAACGCCGUUACUGCUCCGUUACUCCGGAACCACCAGCUUGAUACCUUUUAUUAUGUUGGAUUGACGGGACUGAGUGUGGGUGGUGAGUUGGUAUCGAUUCCCGAGUCGGCGUUUCAGAUUGAUGAAUCAGGAAAUGGAGGGGUGAUUGUUGAUUCGGGAACGGCCAUUACUCGGUUGCAAACGGACGUUUACAACUCUCUGCGUGAUGCUUUUGUUAAGGCAACGAGGGACUUGCCGUCAACUAACGGGAUAGCGUUGUUUGACACGUGUUAUAAUUUGUCUUCUAGAGGGAAUGUGGAGGUGCCGACGGUGUCGUUUCAUUUUCCUGAUAGGAAGGAGUUACCGUUACCGGCGAAAAAUUAUUUGGUUCCGCUUGACUCAGACGGGACGUUUUGUUUUGCUUUUGCCCCAACGGCUUCGUCUUUGUCAAUUAUUGGGAACGUGCAGCAGCAGGGGACACGUGUCGGUUAUGAUCUCGUUAACUCUCUUGUUGGGUUCGUGCCUAAUAAAUGCUAG